CCGUCCCUUUUCGUUUUGUCAACCAUAUCAGCCGCAUUGUGGGAGAAGAUCAUCAAUCUACUAAGGAUUUGGAUCCGAAGAGCAUCAUUAGCCAAGAUGGGACAAGAGUAUCAAAUCUAUUUUAUGUGUUGAACGCGGCGGGACUGUCGGUUGCCCUUCCGUGAAUUUCCAGAUCGGGCGAAUCUAUCCCUCCCCCAUCCCUCCCCCAUCCCUCCCCAGACACCUUAACAAGAAAAAACAGUGCUUAGCUUCAAUGUUAGUCGAACAAGUGAAUGCUACUUGCCAUAUAGGUAAGGCCAUUAUAAGAUGAAAGUUAAAUCUCUUUAAUUAUCUCAAGCGUUUCAGCACUCUUCUAGCUUGAUUCAUCGGGGGCUCGAAUUACGGACGAUGCUGUCUCCAAUACUCGCCCUGCUGUUCACGACAGCAACUGCGGCUGUGACGAUCGACUGGGAUGCUGCUUACGAAAAAGCUAAUGCGUCGUUAUCGAAACUUUCACAGAAUGAUAAAAUCAACAUAGUUACCGGAGUAGGUUGGAACAAGGGUCCUUGUGUUGGAAAUACGGCAGCUGCUAGUUCGAUCAGCUAUCCCCAAUUGUGCCUCCAAGAUGGGCCACUUGGGAUCCGCUUCGGUGGCAGCGUCAAUGCUUUUGUUCCGGGCAUCCAGGCCGCUUCCACCUGGGAUCGAGCCCUGAUCAGGGAACGUGGGCAGUUCAUGGCCGAAGAAGCAAAGGGAUGCGGAAUUCACGUCCUACUCGGGCCUGUCGCUGGUCCUCUCGGUAAGAUUCCUACAGGCGGAAGAAACUGGGAGGGUUUUGGCGCCGAUCCCUAUCUUCAAGGAAUUGCGAUGGCAGAAACGAUUGAAGGCAUGCAAAGCGUUGGUGUUCAAGCCGACGCGAAGCAUUACGUCCUGAACGAACAGGAGCUAAAUCGUGAGACCAUGAGCUCAAAUAUCGAUGACCGAACACUGCACGAACUAUAUCUUUGGCCUUUUGCCGACGCCGUACAUGCCAACGUAGCAUCUGUCAUGUGUUCAUAUAACAAGAUCAACGGCACCUGGGCCUGCGAAAGCCCCUAUGUUUUGGACACUCUCUUAAAACAGGAAUUGGGCUUCCGAGGUUACGUGAUGACGGAUUGGAACGCGCAGCACUCUACUGAACCAGCGGCGAACUCUGGGUUAGAUAUGACCAUGCCCGGCUCUGACUUCAAUGGUGGAUCUAUAUAUUGGGGCUCUAAGCUGAGCCAGGCUGUGAGUAGCGGAAAAGUUGAGCAAUCGCGUCUCGAUGAUAUGGUCCGCAGGGUGCUUGCUGCAUGGUAUUUAGUCGGCCAAGACAGCAGCUACCCCAGCAUCAAUCUCAAAGCCAAUGUGCAAGGGACCCAUAAGACUAAUAUACGUGCCACAGCAAGAGAUGGGAUCGUCUUGUUGAAAAAUGAGGGGAUACUACCCUUGCAAAAGCCUAGCAAGCUGGCGUUGGUCGGCUCCGCUGCCGUUGUUAACCCCCAGGGCAUGAACUCCUGUACCGACCAAGGGUGCAAUACCGGGGCCCUGGGAAUGGGUUGGGGCUCAGGCACUGCCCCUUAUUCUUAUUUUAGUGCUCCUGCUGAUGCCAUCAAGACUCGUGCUCAAGCUGACGGCACCCAAAUCAGCCUCUCCGCGUCCGACAGCACCAGCUCCGUAGCCUCGGCUGUUAAUGGUGCCGAUGUCGCCAUUGUAUUUAUCACGUCAGAUAGCGGCGAAGGAUACAUCACAGUAGAGAACCAUGCGGGAGACCGCAACAACCUGGACCCUUGGCAUAAUGGAAAUGACCUUGCCAAGGCCGUUGCAGCAGCGAGCGACAACGUUAUCGUGGUUGUUCACUCUGUAGGCCCAGUCAUCCUCGAGACCAUACUUGCCCAACCCAACGUCAAGGCAAUAGUGUGGGCUGGGCUUCCAUCUCAGGAGAAUGGCAAUGCUCUCGUUGACAUCCUUUACGGCGAUACCAGCCCCUCUGGCAAGUUGCCUUAUACCAUUGCCAAAUCAGCCACGGACUACGGUACUAGUGUCUCUAGCGGUAAUGAUGACUAUCGGGAAGGCUUGUAUGUUGACUAUCGCCAUUUUGACCAAGCGGAUAUCGAACCCCGUUACGAGUUCGGUUAUGGCUUAUCCUACACCAACUUUACCUACGCGGACAUAUUCGUUGAUGGAAGGCCUACAUCCGGCCCAGCAACUGGUGACAUCAUCCCCGGAGGACGUGCCGAUCUAUGGGAGAAAGUAGUAACCGUCACUGUCACCAUUACAAACACCGGUACUGUUCAAGGAGCUGAGGUGGCUCAACUGUAUCUCAGCUAUCCAGAGUCAGCGAAGACACCACCGAAGCAGCUUCGCGGAUUUGAGAAGUUAUCGUUGGAGCCAGGUGCGUCUGACGUCGUAGCCUUUGACGUAAAAAGACGGGAUAUAAGUAUAUGGGACACGGCGGCAAAAGAAUGGGUGGUUCCUGCGGGUACUUUCAACUUUACUGUUGGCGCAAGCAGCCGUGAUAUCAGGCAGUCGGGUACGCUCGAAGUUGCGUAGCUGUAAUGUAAAGCAAGAAUGAGUACCUAGUAUUUAUAUCUCCCUGGAAACCUAUCUAUGUACCUAUCGUAUAAAUAUAGGUAAAAGUGGUAUUAAUGAGCAAUAUAACUGGAACUGACCCGUCAAUAUAUAUAACUCUUGAGGUUACUAAAUAUGAUAUGACCUUAAUACUAAACUCCAGUAUGCUAUACACAUAUAUCGACCUGCUGGGUAUAUGUGAUUCGUGACUCAGCACUCUCAACUUAUUGCACUGAAUAAUCACUAAUCAUCAUGCCUAAAGUGGCAUGCACUUCUUAGGUUCAUUGCUGGGCACCUGGGCAUUCUUAGUUUGUUGUCUCUUGGUUCGGGUCAUCUCCAGGGCUGGUUCGAAUUUUAGUAGUAGUGGAUUAGGGGGAAGACUGAAAAAGGGAAAAGGGGGGGCAAGGCCGAACUCUACCCUAGGUAGAAUUCAAAACAUAUUGUCUAUGAGAGUACCACGAGUCUGUGACCUAUGUUUUCGUUGCUACCCUUCAACAUCUACGCUGUUCAUCUCUUCUGUCACUGUCAUCCUAAAUACCUCAAAAACGCCACCAAAUUGUCUCGGACAAAAGUUUGAUGAAGCUAGUUUAGGGGCAGGCACUGGUUGUGGUAGUCGACCAUUGAUAGCUUCAAUGUUCUG